GGUCUGCUGUAGCCCCGCCCCCUGUCUUUGAAACGUCUACAGCGCCAAAGUUUUGUGGUACCUGGACGGGAAGAUGAACUCCGUUACGGAGGAGCCGCAGUGGAGGAAAGUUCACUCCGUGACCGGGGUCAUACCGCGCUCCAGACACGGACACCGAGCAGCCGCUAUCCGGGAGCUCAUUAUUGUUUUCGGCGGCGGGAACGAGGGAAUAGCGGAGGACCUGCAUGUCUACAACACGGUGUCGAGGCAGUGGUUUCUCCCUGCAGUCAGAGGAGACAUCCCACCCGGCUGUGCUGCACAUGGCUUCGCCUGCGAAGGUACCCGGAUCCUGGUCUUUGGCGGCAUGGUCGAGUUUGGAAAGUACACCAACAGCCUCUAUGAACUUCAGGCGAGCCGCUGGCUGUGGAAGAAGCUGAAGCCGAGGGCGCCCAGGACCGGGGCGCCUCCGUGUCCCAGGAUCGGACACAGCUUCACACUCGUGGGGAACAAGUGUUACCUGUUUGGAGGUCUGGCCAAUGAUAGUGAGGACCCCAAUGGAAAUGUCCCCAGAUAUUUGAGGGAUUUCUAUGAGCUGGAGCUGCAGGCAGUGUCAGGGGCUCGGGGCUGGAACAUACCGGACACUAAAGGCGGCGGUCCCUCUGCACGCGAGUCCCACACCUCAGUUGGCUACACCGGCCUCGGCUCCCCGAAGCUCUACAUCUUUGGAGGGAUGCAAGGCUGCCGGCUGGACGACCUCUGGCAGCUUGACCUCGACACGAUGGUUUGGUCGAGGCCUGAAAUACGAGGGUCCGUACCGCGUCCCAGAAGUCUCCACUCAGCCAACGUCAUUGGAAACAAGAUGUAUGUUUUUGGGGGCUGGAUUCCUGUUCCAGAGUCACAGAAACACAGCAGCGCUUCAGGAGCCGAAUGGAUCUGCACCAGCUCCUUGAGUGUUCUGAACUUAGACACAAUGAGCUGGCAGGACCUCGACCCAGAGCAGCCGGACGACCUGGAGUCCCAGCUGCCGAGGGAUCAGGGGCCUCAGACCGACGACCCGUACGCCUGCCGGCCCCGGGCCAGAGCCGGACACUGCACCGCCACCAUCGGGUCCAGGCUUUACCUCUGGAGCGGGCGCGAUGGGUACCGGAAGAGCUGGAACUACCAGGUGUGCUGCAAAGACCUCUGGUACCUGGAGACAGAACCACCAGCCACUCCGGAGCCGGUGCUACUGGUCAAAUCCACAGUCAGCCUGCUCCACGUGGCGUGGCGCCCCCUGGCGGCAGCAGACAGCUACAUCCUUCAGGUCCAGCCCGCUCGUCCGGCAGCCGGCUGCCCGCCUGGCAGGGCAGCCAAUCCAAACGGAGCAGAUGGGCAGAACGGACUGCAGUCAGUCCAGCGUCAGAACGAAGGAAGCGCUCAUCGCGAGGAGAAAUCGUCGGCCCAGGAUGCUGGCGCUCUGCAGGACGCCUCUAACCAACCUGCGAGUGAAUCGGUAGAGCUGCAGUGUCAGGGAGGGAGGGGCGCGGCGAGGGACUCGCAGGACGACCUCCAACGCCACGCUGCAAAACAGGAGACCUCAGCAGCGGAGGUCAGCAGCUCCGCUCAGCAGCAGACAGACAGCAGAACUGUUCCACGUGACAAGACAGCAGAUUUCUACUCCCACUCAGAGCAGAAUCGCCUUGACGAUGCGUGGUUCGAUGUUGGCGUGUUCAAAACGCUCUACUCGGAGGUCAGGCACUACUUUUUACCCGCUGACGGCGACCAGGUGACUUCAGCCGCCAGCAGUCGCCUCGCAAGUGUAAAAGAGCCUCUGGCUCAGCGGCGGCCGCAGGACUACCAGAGCCGGGAGAAGCAGGAGCUGUGCCCGGGUCAGACCUACAGGUUCAGAGUGGCCGGGGUCAACUGCUUCGGCCAGGGAGGCUUCAGCCCAGUGAGCGAGUUCAAGACCUGCCAGCCCGGCUUCCCUGGAGCGCCCUCUGCUGUCAAAAUCGCCAAGGCCGCCGACUCGGUCCACAUCACCUGGGAGGCGCCGACGUCGUCCUCCGGCCGGAUCGUGGAGUACUCCAUGUACAUGGCGGUGAGGAAGAGCCGCGCCGGCAGCUCGGAGCGGCCGGGUCAGAUGGCCUUCAUCCGGAUUUACCGCGGCACCAAGAUGUCCUGCUCGGUGAGCUCCGCCCACCUGGAAAACGCCCACAUCGACACCACCGCCUCCAACCGGCCGGCCGUCGUCUUCCGCAUCGCCGCCAAGAACGAGCAGGGCUACGGUCCGGCCACGCAGAUCCGAUGGAUUCAAGAUCCCUGUAAAGUGCGAUCCGGAGACAGCAGCAUGGAGGCGGACCAGGACGCUGCUGACAGCUCCAGUUGAUGAAUUUUUCCACUGGUGACCCUCCGAACAGGAGGGAAACCCAAACACUCAGGAAGCUGACUCCGUUUGCCUCUCAAAACUUGUAUAUUUCCUAUAAAGUUUUGUUAAUUUAUAUUUUAUGGACUCGCUUAAUUAUUACUCUGUAAAUACAGACGCAUUUUAAGAGGUUGCCGAACCACAUGUUUAUUUUAAUUACCAAAUAUUUGAAAACUUACUGUUGUGUCAUAUUAUGAAAAUUUAAUUACAUGUAACCUUUUAAAUAUUAGCAGUUCAUUUUUAUUUAAUUGAAAUACAAUCCUCAGAAGAUUUUAAAAGUAACUUACAAUCGGUCCCGCUCGUGCAGCAAGUGUAUGAAAUCCAGCUUGACUGUGUGUUUUGUCUUUCAUAACCGCUGUGUGUGUGUGUGUCCAUUACAUGCCUGCAGCACCUCCUCUUGUUUGCAUUGUCAUCGAAGCUUCUCUCCCUCUUGAGUGUGUCCGUUCAUCUUCAGUCCAAUUACAGGCCUGUGCAAACAGGAUGAAAAAUAAAGGCGUCCUUUCAUGAAUGAUUGAUCAAUUUAUCCCUCCUUUUUCAUAAACAAUGAGACACGUGAGGGGAAAACGCUAAAGGUCACACCACUGCUGACUUAUUUACGGCUCAUUUAGUGAACGACAAAUCGUUGUCCUUUUUUUAUUUCAUGUUUGAACUCUUAAGAAACUGAGAUCACAGAGAGCACUCUUCGCCUUCUUCUAAUUGUUUUACUGGACUGCUUGUUGUACUUUUAUUGUUUUUAGUUGUAAUUUUUACACUUUGCUGGUUUGUCAUGUAGGUCUGAAUAGACCCUCUGGCCAUGUGUUUACACUCCUGCUGUGAGCAAUGCGUUUGAAGAUUAACGUCGAUGGAAUUGGCACAUCUGUCUGUUGCAUCCAGUUAGAUUUAUUGCCAGUCUGACCAGUAAUAAAGAACGUU